AUGCGGGUAGCCACGGUGCAGUACGCCCCGCAGUUUGCGGAGCCGAAUGCGAAUGCGGCGCAUGUGCGCGCGCAGCUCAAGGAGACCGCGCCCAAGUCGCUCGACAUGCUCGUCCUCCCCGAAAUGGCCCUGACGGGCUAUCUCUAUUCGUCGUACGAGGAGAUCGAGCCGCUGCUCGAGUCGCCGUACCGCGGCGAGGGUGCGACGUACGAGCUCGCGACGUCGCUCGCAAAGGAGCUGGAGUGCUAUGUCGUCGCGGGCUUCCCGGAGCGCGCCUCGGACGAGGCGCUCGCCGAGUUUCCCGGCGCGCACGACGCACGCACGCCACGCGCCGAGGCGGAGACAAUCGCGCCGUCGUACCUGCCGAGCAUGCGGGGCAAGGCGUUCAACUCGGCACUGCUCGUCGACCCGAGCGGAGCGCUGGUCCGCGUGUUCCGCAAGCACUUUUUGUACGAGGCCGACACGCCGUGGGCCGACGAGGGGCAGGGGUUUACCUACGUGGACCUGCCCAUCGGCCGCGUGUGCGUCGCGAUCUGCAUGGACUUGAACCCCUACCUGCUCUCGUCCGACUUUGAGCGCUACGAGCUGACGCAGUACUGCGACAAGAACCAAAUCGACCUGCUCGUCGUCCCGAUGAACUGGCUCCUUCCGGACGAGGAGAUCGACGCGUACAAGGCGGGCGACGCAAACGACCCUAGCAUUCCCACCAUCAACUACUGGGUCGCACGCUGCAUCCCGUUGUGGGUGCCGGGGAUGGAGCAGCCCGGCCACGAGGGGCACAAGACGCUCUUUGUCGCGUGCAACCGCACGGGCACCGAGAAGGAAACCACCUUUGCGGGCUCCUCGAGCGUCAUUGCGUUCACCGCAGGCGACCAGGCGACACUGCUCGGCGCCGCGGGCAACCGCAAGGACGCCGUGCUCACCGUCGAGCUCAGCAAGGAGUAG